UUUUACUAAGUAUUGAUUUAUGGCUGACGCACAAACCGUGCAGGCCAAGAAAGGGAUAAAAAAAAAGGAUUGAUUUGUUUUGAUUGUGAAUAAAAGCAAUUCAUAAUCCAUUUAAUUUACACUACAAUUAAUUUAUAAAGCUUAAAGGUUUUGGUAUCUUGUACGAUGUCAUCAAUUAUUCAAAGAGACGACAACAUUCCACUAGCUGACGAUGAUCCUCAAGUAAUUAUUAGCGAUGAAGUUGAUAAUAAUCGUUUGGACCACGGAAGGUCCAUGGACUCUUUACCGAGCUCUUACACAGGAUCUUCAAGUCCAGGAUUGAAUGGUCCCCCAAGCUUUGAACCUGAUUCAGGAAUUGAUGAACAAGAAGAAAAGGCCCGGCUCAUCUCCCAAGUUUUGGAGUUACAAAAUACUUUAGAUGAUUUGUCACAAAGAGUGGACUCUGUCAAAGAAGAAAAUUUAAAACUGCGUUCGGAAAAUCAAGUGCUAGGUCAAUACAUUGAAAAUCUCAUGUCUGCAUCAUCUGUCUUUCAAUCAACAACAUCUGCAAAACAGUAAAAUAUUUAUUAUCUUUCUAGGUACAUAGUAUUGACUUAUAUACUCUAUCAAAUAUUUCACUCUGGAGGUGUAAUGAUUAAUUGUCUAUUUCUAUAGAUUGUUUUUGGGCACAAAUAGCUUAAUAAUAUAUUUCUCAGAGGUUAAAUGCUGCUUAUGCAUAAUUAUGAUGACGAGCCAUAACUAUUUAAAGUAAUGUUGCAAUGCCUAAGUGUAAAAGUGCAUUAUAAAUUACUUAGCCUAUUGAUGAUGAUUUUUGUGUAUUUUAUUUUUAUGUUGCUUCAUGAAUUUAAGCAGUAUUGUUAAAUUGUGUAAGAAUAAAAUAUUCUGUUGCCUAUGUAGGCAAUUCCAAUUUCCAAUUUGUAUUUAUCAGAUACCCAAUUUUGUAAUAAAGGCUUCAUGGUAUGUCAUUGUAGAUUUAUAAAAUAUGUAACUAUAGAAUUAAUAUUUUAAGCUUUUAAAUAUUUAUUAAAAUGUAUUUAAAGUUUGUAUCAUUAUCAUAGUUAUUAGCCACUAUAUGAUCAUUAUUUAUUUUGCCUAUA